AUUCCCGACUCGGAUUUUUAGCGUUCACUGAGCAGCAAACAUUUCCAGGAUCCGGCAAUCUACUCGGCCAAGCUGAUAAACUAAAAAAGCGUUCCGUUUUGCUUUACAUGUAACUGUGACACGCGUUCUGUGAUCCACCUUUGUAUUCCCUUUUAAACUGACACUAAAGACUGCGUGCCGUAGCAGUCGUUUGGUUGAAGUUAUUAAUUAUGAGACGAGUUAGAUACCAAAAUGACUGCACCACGUGCCCAUGCGUUCACAUUUCAGUGUAACUGACACGUUGGACUUACUUUCAUUUUGGAAUGAAUGAUCUUCCCUGCCGGCCCCACUUUAAAUUAUUUAACGACAAACUUUCCGGGGGAUGUUCGAGUCUGGCUGCGCAGUUCGUCGGUUGCUCGGCAACAGCAGACAAACAAGACGCCCGCUGCGGAGAUCCUUCAGUACGAGUGCGAUGGCCACGUCUGGGAAGCGCUGGCUGGACAGCAAGGACUUCGCUCAGCCGCAGAGGCCACUCGGGCGACAGCACUUUGAAACGAUCCGAUGGGCCGCUCGCACAGCCUGGGACGAGGAAGGCGAGCGCGCAGUGACGAGCGCCACCACCUACGGCGGCCACCACGGACUCAAGAUCCUGGACGAGGCGAGCAGUCAGCGGAUUAGACCUUCAUCUCCCACCAGGCUGAACAAGCCGCACCCAUCCGAGUUGUUCUUAAUGACGCGGCUUCAUUACGUCCCCGACUAUUUUAGAAAAUCUGACGCCUCGACUGAUGCCAAAGGAGAAAGUCGCAAAUCUUCAGGAGCAGGGACAGCUCGUCGGCAGAAAGGCAGCCUGAGGACCAGCAGUGAGCUCCUUAAACGACUCUUUAUCGAUGCCCGUUCUGCUCAGGCUGCUGCAGCCUGGAUGAAAGUUGCUCCUGAAAACGAACGCAGUGCCCUCCAGGAGAUGUUUGAGUCGACAUCCUGUGUGAUGAAGCAAGAAGGCCCACCAGCAAAGAACUCCUACGUUGGCCAGGUCCUCUCUCACUUCAUUAAACCCGAGCACAUGGCAGCAAUACAGAUGUGGAUUGGCGGAGCAGGAAGACGAGAUGUUGAAGCAGUCGAAAAGUUUGUCAAAACUCUGCCCAGCAGUCGCCAUCUACCACUGAGCAGUAGCAGCAUCCCCUGCUGUGACCCCGGCGCUGGCACAACAAAAGCCAGAGAUUUCCAAAUCCAUCCAGAAUGGGUGACUCAGCCCUGGCACACGGGGUACCUCCGCACCCGGGACGGCGGUCCCUUCAGAUGUUAGACCCCCUGAUGUGAUGCCUGACUAGCGACCGAGGCCAGCUAAUGAGCGGUGGGACGCCCACACCUGAUUUUAUAAAGCGCAUUUCAUGGAGGAUGCGGCCGGAGCAGUUGGGUGAGACAGCAAAAGGGACGCCUGUGGCCUUCAGCCCCACGUGACCAAAAGUGCCCCAGAGUAUAAACCAAAUGGCGUCCAAAUAUAAAAGAGUUGUGGUGACACACAGAUGUGACGUCCAAGACCAGUGGUGACCAGUACUGACUAUGGGGGCUCAAACCAGUCAGCUGAUGUGAGACUGAAGGACACCGUCCAACCUGCUCAAUCCAGGUUGAGGGUCCCUUUGGCCUGUCUCUGUGAAUUUUAGCGCAAGGGAGAGCGGGCAGGGUGCCAGUCCGCCACCUGGUCUCCACACACACACCAUCACUGACUCUUUGAAAGGUGGGAGGAAAACCCAAAGUCCCCGGACAGAAGGCUACCUGGACAUCAACAGGCUACUGGGUUUGACCCCAGGACACCAACUGGCCUGCUGCCCCCGAGUGUGAAACUAGAAACGGAUUGAAGAAGUUAAAAGAAUCAAAUGCUGCUCAGUCACACCUCUUCCUCAUCCUCCUCCUCCUCCGGACCCUCUUCCUACCACCAUGUAAGGCAGGCUCUUCCACAUUCAAAUAAAUGAUUUUGAUUUGA